AUGAUGGACCUCUCUAUUUCUGAAGUACUGCUUCGGCGUUUCAAUCACAGCUAUGACCAUAUGAAAGACAUCCAUGCGGCUCUACGGAAGAUGGAAGGUGCUUCCAUUACUGACGAAACUAUGGAGCAUCUAGGUAUCUCAGUCGCUGAAAUGGAUCUGAAGACAGGUUCUGAGUCUCCUUACUUUGCACCUAAUGGAGCAGAACAUGUUCCAGAUCCUACUCAAGAGAAAAUCCGAGAAGAGCCCUUUGUGAGCCGGCGAUGGGAAUGGGGAUUAUGGUCCACCCGCCGGCCUCUACCAUCUUAUUACCUGAUGUCGGCCUUCUUAUACUACCAAACAGCAAUCAAAUGGCUCAAUCGAUACUUACCUAAAGACCAAGAGGAUGAAAAAAGUACAGAGGCUGACGAAGAGAUGCGCGAGCAAAAUAAUGACGAAAAAGAGCGCAGCAGCGUUCAAGGGGUUGAUGAGAGUUCUGAGGAGAGCGAGGAAGAUAUGUGUAGUGAGUGGGAUAGUGACGAGGAAAGUGACAAGGAGAGUGAAGAGCAUGAAGUACAGCGGCGCAAACGACAGGAAGAGUGGUGGAGACAGAUCGCAGAGAGGCAAAGAAAGAUCGAUGAGGCCGAGGAAGCCCGGAUGGUAUAUGAAUGGAAUGUUUAUCAUUAUCCAAUGCCCUAUGAUUUCGAAUCCCGGGAGAACCAUCACGAUUUCAAAAUUGUUCGCACAGGAAACAGAAACAAUCCUCUUCAAUGCCAUCAAUGGGCUGUGGCGUUGAUUGACGAGUCUGAUGAGAACCGACCAUCCAUUACCGAGCUAUUAGUGCUAGCCACUCGAAUGUUGAAAGCAAUGAACUCCCAAAAAAGACGUGUCGGUACAUCGCAGGACGAGAACAUCCAGUUGCACCAUCUUUUCCCCACAACAAUUGUCACGUUCGAUGAUCACACUCGUGCCCGUGUACUAUCUGGGUACUACGAUAAUGGACUGAAAGUCCAUUUCACCGAGUCCGUAGACUUUGAAUGGUGCACGACAGAUAAAUAUAAUUACGGCGAUCUUUUGGAUCGGGAAUGGGUUAAUGAUUCAUGGUAUGGCGAAUUGAUGAGCGAUUUGGUUGCUUGGGCAUGGCCUCUGGCACAGAUGAACACCGUUCAGACUCUCACAUUGCCCAUUAUAUCAAAAAACAUGGAAAAUGAGGGCAAUGAGCUGUGA